UUCGCAUUAGGACAGGGCACACUGGGGAGCAUUCUGUCGCUUAUAUAAGUAGCAAGAAGGCGGAGAAGGAGGGAGAAGAAGUGGAGGAGUGAGAGGAUAGACGGCGAGUAGACCAUGGCGGGAUUUUAAUCCGUUGCGUAAUUCAGAAAUUCGAAGAUUCCUCCUCCAUUGCUCCCUAUCCUGCUUCUUCUUUUUCUUCCUAUUCUUCUGCAACCAAUCGGGCCGCGGCAGUUGGGAAAAUGGUGUGGAAGAAGCGGAGAGGGAGGUCCCUUUCUCACGUGCUAUAACGGAAAGGGCACGUGUUCUCUGAGGACGAAGUGCGCCGAGCCGGAAGUGUCCUCCCAGGUUCGCGGAUCGGCUUGUGUUGUUCGGCGAUGGCGACGGUGAACUCGAUUGCGGACCAUCUGUUGUCUCAGAGGGACACGGACCGGUACGUCAAAGGGGACAACAUCGGUGAGGGGACGUAUGGCGUGGUUUACAAAGCCCUCGACAAGAAGACAAAUAGAACGGUUGCUGUAAAGAAAAUACGCCUGGGUGACUAUAAGGAAGGUGUUAACAUGACGGCACUCAGAGAAAUUAAGCUACUAAAGGAACUGAAACACCCAAACAUCAUUGAAUUGAUUGAUGCCUAUCUUCACAAGAGAAAUUUGCACCUUGUCUUUGAGUUCAUGGAGACAGAGCUGGAGGCAGUCAUCAAAAACAAAAAUAUCGUUCUUUCUCCAGCUGACAUAAAAUCAUACAUGCUAAUGACGUUGAAGGGCCUUGCAUUUUGCCAUAGUAAAUGGGUUUUGCACAGGGACAUGAAGCCAAACAACUUGUUGAUUGGAGCUGAUGGCCAGCUUAAAUUGGCAGACUUUGGCCUUGCUCGCAUUUAUGGAAGCCCAGAUCGCAAAUUCACCCAUCAGGUUUUUGCAAGAUGGUAUAGGGCACCAGAACUGUUGUAUGGCACAAAACAAUAUGGUCCUGGUGUUGAUGUUUGGGCUGCUGGAUGCAUAUUUGCAGAGCUUUUACUUCGAAGGCCUUUUCUUCAGGGUCAAACUGACAUGGAUCAACUUGGGAAGAUAUUUGCAGCAUUUGGCACUCCAAAUCCUUCUCAGUGGCAAGACAUGACUUUCCUUCCUGACUAUAUUGAAUAUCAGCAUGUUCCUCCUCAACCAUUACGUGCUUUAUUCCCAAUGGCCAGUGAAGAUGCCUUGGAUCUACUCUCUAAGAUGUUCACUUACGAUCCAAAUGCUAGAAUUUCUGCACAGCAAGCCUUGGAACAUAGGUACUUUUCGUCUGUUCCUCUGCCUACUAAACCAGCAUUGCUGCCUAGACCUGCUAGUAAAGUUGAACCUCGUAAUCCUGCAAGACCUACAGUAAGAAAUUCCCCAGAAGGUCCUGUUGUGUUAUCACCACCCAAUAAGGUGAGGAGAGUAAGCCAUCCACCUGGAGGACAUGCUGGUAACUUUCACGCCCUUGGGUUGGCUGAGAAGCACAUUAAGGAGACACCAAAUCUACCCUCAGGGAUGCCAAUGUCAAUAGAUACAAAUGGAGGAUUUGGUUCAAGCUUUUCAUCCAGGCCCAAGUUAAGCAGUACUGACAGGUCACAUUUGAGGCGGAAACUUGAUCUGGAUCUUGCCGAGCAUUCCAUUCAAGAAGAGCAGGGUUGACUUAGCUGUUUUUGCUGAUUCUAUUAUUGUUGGAGGAACUUGCGCUAUUGCCAACGCCGGGAGUCUAAUUAGCCUGUGGCUGACCUUCUUGCCUCAAUCGGGAAAUGGAGUUGAGGGAUGCUCCAAGCAAUAUGCAUCCUACUGAGUUUGUGAUAAGGUGCUGAGUUUGCGUGACAGAAAUAACAGAAGUAUGUACAUUUUCUUCCGCGGCUCAUCUGAAAAUGAUAUGACAGAAUAACAGUCUCGUAGAAGGCGCUCUACCCAAAAUUUUUUUUUUAAAAAUGUCUAGCAAAGGACUUCGAAGAGUCCUGUUCAAAAUAUACAAUUUUUUUAACAUUUUCAAGCUUUGGAUGGAUCUGACUCAUUUUGUAGCUAUUUGUGUGUGAGAGGUACUGGCAUGACAACUGCCGCAGGCUAACCCAAACCUUUGUCAAGGGUAUUUUAAUUAAUGAUCUGAAAGAUGUAUCGAGUGGUGCAUUAAUUUCAUAGAAUUGGAAUUGA